AUGGAGCGUCCCAACUCACAAAAAGCCUCGGAAUCUCCUCUCCACGUCACGAUCCCUGCUUCUGGUCGCAAUUAUCCGAAUCAAGAAAGUAGGCGAGCUUAUCAUUUGCUUUCCCCUUCGAAAAUGUAUAUUUUCAGCUUCUCUGUCGGAUCUUCUAGCCCGAAUGGCAAUCUCGGACGACGCGGAGCCUUCGGAUUCCGAGCUUCAAAGCUCUGACACGGAGGAUGAGGUGGAGGACGAAUCGGAAGGAGAAGAAGACGACGACGCCGACGACGAGCACACCGACGAUGAAGACGAGGAUCUUCUGGCGGACUACGAAGUGGUUAACAUGAAUUGA